UCCGCUGCAGGAGGAGCAGGUGGCUGCUAUGCGGCCGGGCCCCCAGGCUUCCUGUGCUCGCCCGCCGCCGCUACCGUUUCUCGUCUGAGUUCCUUGGGCCAGCUCCGGCCGCCGGGCCGGCCGCAUGGCCCAGACCCCCGACGGCAUAUCCUGCGAGCUGCGAGCAGGCUGCCCUUCCACAGGCGAGAUCACCAAGUUCCUGUGGCCCAAGGAGGCAGAACUGCUGCUGAAAACCUGGCUGCCAGAGCGGGAGGGUGCCGAGCAAGGUCAUGUCCUGGCGCUGCUCCGAUGGAGAGCCUACCUGCUCCACACCUGCCUCCCUCUGAAGGUGGACUGCACAUUCAGCUACCUGGAGGUCCAGGCCAUGGUGCUGCAGGAGACACCCCCUCAGGUCACCUUUGAGCUGGAGUCCCUGCCUGAACUGGUCCUGGAGUUUACUGGUGUGGCUGCCCUGGAACAGCUGGCCCAGCACGUCGCUGCUGCCAUCAGGAAGGUCUUCCCUCGCUCAACCCUUGGGAAACUCUUCCGGAGGCCCACACCCCCCUCCAUGCUGGCUCGGCUGGAGAAAAGCAGCUCCUCAGAAGCCACCUCACCCAGCAGCCCCUGUGGGGGCUUCUCGGAGACAUACGAGGCCCUGUGUGACUACAAUGGCUUCCCUUUCCGAGAGGAGAUUCAGUGGGAUGUGGACACCAUCUACCAUCGUCAGGGCUGCCGCCAUUUCAGCCUAGGAGACUUCAGCCAUCUGGGAAGUCGGGACCUGGCCUUGAGUGUGGCUGCCCUGUCCUACAAUCUCUGGUUCCGGUGCCUCUCCUGCGUGGACAUGAAACUGAGCCUUGAGGUCUCAGAACAGAUUCUGCACAUGAUGAAUCAGUCAUCCCACCUGGAGGAGCUGGUGCUGGAGACCUGUGGCCUGAGAGGAGACUUUGUCCGGCGACUGGCCCAGGCACUGGCGGGACAUAGCAGCUCGGGACUGCGGGAGCUCAGCCUGGCCGGGAACCUGCUGGAUGACCGAGGUGUGGCUGCCCUUAGCAGACACCUAGAGAAGCAUCCUGGAGCCCUGAGGAGACUCAGCCUAGCGCAGACUGGGUUGACGCCGCGAGGAAUGAGGGCUCUAGGCCGGGCACUGGCUUCCAAUUCAGCCUUUGACUCUGCCAUGAUCCACUUGGACCUUUCCGGGAACCCCGGGGCACUAGGGGCUUCGGAGGACCAUGGGGGCCUCUAUAGUUUCCUGAGCCGUCCUAACGUUCUGACGUUCCUGAAUCUCGCAGGCACCGACACUGCCCUGGACACUCUCUUCGGGGCGCUGUCCCGCGGCGGCUGCUCCAGCCUGGCGCACCUCGACGCCUCGAGGAACGUCUUCUCCCGCACGAAGUCCCGGGCUGCGCCCGAUGCCCUGCAACUCUUCCUCAGCCGCACCGGGACGCUUCGGUUCCUGGGCCUGGCGGGCUGCAAACUGCCAUCCGACGCACUCAGGGCGCUUCUGGAAGGCCUGGCGCUCAACACGCACCUGAAUGACCUACACCUGGACCUCAGCGCGUGUGAGCUGCGCUCGGCGGGUGCUCAGGUGAUACAAGACUUAGUGUGUGAUGCUGGUGCAGUGAGCUCCCUGGAUCUGGCAGAUAAUGGCUUUGGCUCAGACAUGGUGACUCUGGUGCUGGCCAUCGGGAGGAGUCGGUCCCUGCGACACGUGGCGCUUGGAAGGAACUUCAACGUCCGGUGCAAGGAGACCCUGGACGACGUCCUGCACCGGAUUGUUCAGCUCAUGCAGGAUGACGACUGUCCCCUGCAGUCUCUGUCCGUGGCUGAGUCACGGCUGAAGCUGGGCGCCGGCGUCCUGCUCCGGGCCCUGGGCACCAAUCCUAACCUGACAGCCCUGGAUAUCAGCGGCAACGCCAUGGGGGAUACGGGUGCCAAGAUGCUGGCCAAGGCGCUUCGGGUCAACACGAGGCUCCGGUCUGUGGUCUGGGACCGAAACCACACAUCUGCUCUGGGCCUGCUGGACGUGGCACAGGCCCUGGAACAGAACCGCAGCCUGAAGGCCAUGCCUCUGCCUCUGAACGAUGUGGCUCAGGCUCAACGCAGCCGUCCUGAACUGACAGCACGGGCCGUGCAUCAGAUCCAAGCCUGUCUCUUGAGGAACAAUCGCACAGACCACACCUCUACCGAUGGCGCCUCCUGCCCGAAGCCCCUGGGUCUGGGGUCAGACCCCUCCGAGCAGGAAGUGAACGAACUGUGUCAGUCGGUGCAGGAGCACGUGGAGCUGCUGGGCUGUGGGGCUGGACCCCAGGGUGAAGCCGCUGUGCACCAGGCUGAGGAUGCCAUCCAAAAUGCCAACUUCUCUCUCAGCAUUCUCCCCAUUCUCUAUGAGGCUGGGAGUUCCCCGAGCCACCAGUGGCAGCUGCGGCAGAAGCUGGAAGGCCUGCUGGGACAGGUGGGAGAGGUGUGCCGCCGGGACAUUCAGGACUUCACUCAGGCCACACUGGACACAACAAGGAGCCUCUGUCCACAGACAUUGCAGGGUCCCAGGUGGAGGGAGCAGCUAGAGGGGGUCCUCGGGGGCUCAAGGGGUCUCCCAGAGCUGCUCCCAGAGCACCUGCUGCAAGAUGCCUUCACUCGGCUCAGGGACAUGCGCCUGUCAGUCACAGGGACCUUGGCAGAGAGCAUUGUGGCUCAGGCUGUGGCAGGUCUGAGUGCAGCCCGGGAUCGGCUGGUGGAGAGUCUGGCUCAACAGGCAACAGAGGCAAUGCCCCCUAUCAUACCGGCACUAGAUGGAGACGAGUCCAGCCCCCUUGGGCCUGGGGAAUUGGAAGGUCUUUUCUUUCCUGAGGAGAAAGAAAAGGAAGAUGAAGAGGAGCAGAAGGAUGAAAGUCCUCCACAGAAAUGGCCUGAAUCCCUCCACUGUCUUCACGUGGACUCCUCCACUCACAGUGCUGCUGAGGAGCCGGAGCCCGAGCUGGCGGCUCCGGGGGAAGAUGCAGAGCCGCAGGCGGGGCCAUCCGCUCGUGGCUCGCCGAGCCCCGCCGCCCCUGGGCCCCCGGCCGGCCCGUUGCCUCGCAUGGACCUGCCACCCUCCGGGCAACCCCUGCGCCAUCCGACCCGGACCCGACCACGGCCGCGGCGCCAGCACCACCAUCGCCCGCCGCCGGGGGGCCCCCAGGUGCCCCCAGCCCUGCCGCAGGAAGGGAAUGGGCUCAGUGCCCGCGUGGAUGAGGGUGUGGAGGAAUUCUUCUCCAAAAGGCUGAUCCACCAGGAUCGCCUCUGGGCCCCCGAGGAGGACCCGGCAGCCGAGGGGGGUACCACCCCUGUCCCCCGUACACUUCGCAAGAAGCUGGGCACACUCUUUGCCUUCAAGAAGCCUCGUUCAACACGUGGGUCACGACCUGAUCUUGAGACCAGCCCUGGAGCAGCUCCCCGCUCUCGAAAAACCACACUCGGGGACUUGCUUCGGCCACCAGCCCGUCCUGGCCGUGGUGAGGAGCCUGCUGGGGCUGAGGGGGCCACCGGCAGCCCAGACCCAACCCGCAGGAGUCGCCCUCGAUACACCCGUGAAAGCAAGGCCUACUCCCUGAUACUGCUCCCUGCUGAGGAGGAGGAGACAGUGGGUGCCAGGCCCGACAAGCGGCGGCCCCUGGAGCGGGGAGACACAGAGCUGGCCCCAUCCUUUGAGCAGCGAGUACAAGUGAUGCUGCAGAGGAUCGGCGUGAGCAGAAGCAGUGGGAGUGCCGAAGGCAAGAGGAAGCAAAGCAAAGAUGGAGAGAUCAAGAAGGCUGGCUCGGAUGGUGACAUUAUGGACAGUUCCACAGAGGCUCCUCCUAUCUCGAUCAAGUCCCGCACCCACUCUGUGUCUGCUGACCCUUCAUGCAGACCUGGGUCAGGAAGCCAAGGGCCCGAGUCUGCCACCUGGAAGACACUGGGGCAGCAGCUGAACGCCGAGCUCAGGAGCCGUGGUUGGGGCCGACAGGAUGGUCCGGGCCCCCCGUCCCCAUGUCCCAGCCCAAGCCCCCGAAGAUCCAGCCCCUCCCCAGACAGCCUGGGCCUUCCAGAGGAUCCCUGCUUAGGCUCCAGGAAUGAAGAUGGCCGGCUGAGGCCGCAGCCCCGCUUGGCAGGGCGACGAGCAGUGUCUAUGCAUGAGGACCAGCUCCAGGCCCCUGCUGAACGGCCCCUGAGGCUACAGCGCUCCCCUGUCCUCAAGCGCAGGCCAAAGCUUGAGGCACCUCCAUCUCCAAGCAUAGGAUCUGGCCUUGAAGCCGAGCCUCUACCCCCCCAGUCUACAGAGCCCUCCAGCCCACCCUCCCCAGCCACAAACCAAAGAGGCGGCGGCCCCAACCCCUGACCUCUUCCUUUCUGCCGCAUGAGAUUAUUUUAUUAAAAAACUCGAAGGAAGCUGGUGUGGAGCUCUGUUUAUCCACCCCCAGGCCUGGACCUGUGCACACAUCCUCCCACGAGCCCUC